CCCCCCCCGCUUGGCGUGGCGGCGGAGUCGCAGCGCCAGUCUCGGCUGAACCGUGCCGCGGGAGCUACUGUGCGGCCGCAGUCGGCGUGAGAACCUACCGUCGCCGACACACGCGCCAGAGAACGAGGAGCGGCCGAGACACCGACUGGCGCCAUGAUUCCCGUACUGCUACUCGUCUCCCUGGUAGGUCACGUGGCCGGUCACGGUCGUCUGAUGGACCCUCCGGCCCGGAACGCCAUGUGGAGGUUCAACUUCAGCAACCCGGUCAACUACAACGACAACGAGCUCUUCUGCGGAGGAUUCGUUGUGCAAUAUCAGCAGAACGACGGCAAGUGUGGCGUGUGCGGAGACAACUACGCGCUGGACGAGCCGCGACCGCACGAGGCGGGCGGCGAGUUCGCCAAGGGACUCAUCGGAAAACGCUACUCGCCCGGUCAGUUGAUCGACAUUGAAGUGGAGCUGACCGCCAACCACAUGGGCAACUUCGUGAUCCGGCUGUGUCCGCACAACAACGACAGGAAGACAGUGACGCAGGAGUGCCUCAACAAACACGUUUUGCGCGUGGCCGGCACCAACUCGAUCCGCUACGUCAUCCCGGAGGACUCUGGCAAGGCGGGCAUCUUCCGCUGGAAGGUGGAGCUGCCGCCCUACCUGACGUGCACCCAGUGCGUCAUGCAGUGGACCUACUACGCCGGAAACACGUGGGGCACGUGCUCGGACGGCGAGCAGGCGGUCGGCUGCGGGCCGCAGGAGACGUUCAUCAACUGCGCCGACAUCGCCAUCGUCUCCAACACGCCCUACUUCGGACCCGUCCACAACAGUCUGGACCGCACGCUGCCCCUCACCAAGUCGGAGGUGGCUCGGGUGGUCCAGGAGGACCUAGACAACGAGCCCCGGGCGCCCGCCUUCCGGCCGCAGAUCUGUCUGCCGCAUGGAGAGUUUAAACAGGAGGAAGGCGCCGACCGGUUCUGCCUGCGCUGCAUGGUUAACCCCGAGGCGUGCCCCACGGAUAGGUGCAUGUGUGUUACGGAGUGCGAGGCACAGGGAGAGUUCGCCAAGAGGCCACAGGCUGACCUGUUCUGUCACGAGAACUGCCUCGGCUUCCCGAGCCACUGCCCGGAGGACAAGUGUCGCUGCUUCUGAGGGGACGGAAGACAACCCGAAGGACAAGCUCGCUUGCUCCUGAUGAGCGACAAUGGAUGACAUGAACGACAGACUGGUUGUUUGACGGCUGAGGCUGCUGAGACAAGGGCAUUAGGAUGGUGUAUCCGCAAUGGUGCGAUUUAGUCCGGGCCACGCAGGCAGCACUGGGCCAGCCACAGUGGUGACACGACUGCUGGGCAGAAGCCCCUGCCACCGUUGUCAUCGCCGGUGCGGUGUGGUUUGGGUAAUUGGAUGAGAAGCGCUGAAUGUUGGCGAAGGGGCAAAUGUAAUGUGAUCUACCCUCUACGGCGGUGUGAUCUACCGUAGACUGAUUUAUAGUUCCAUUUGAUGACUUAUAGUGUCGAAUCUGUUUCGUCGAACUACUCAUUUUGUCACUGCUACGGGAUUCGGUGUGUCGAUUUAGUUCCAAUGGAUUCAUUUCGUGGAAAAAAUGUUAAA